AUGGAGUUGCAAGACAUUCGAAGUAUGGGAGAUGCAUUGACUCGAGCGAGGGAGCUUUGUCUGGAAGCGCAGUAUGAAAAGGGAUUGGAACUGUUCCGAACGACUCAGAAAUCGCUAAGCCACUUUAUCCGCGGUAUGACAAAAAUGUCUGAGCGUCAGCCGUGGCUGCAGAUGCAGAUUGAACUCGAAAAUGAAUUGAACCUCAUCACGGACUAUUUUGAGCUCAUUCAGGCCUUUAAAUUUCCACCCGGCGCAUCGAAAGCGCGAAUCCAUCCGAAAACACCUCGGCAGAAAGUUCUGGCCUCCCCUCAUUGGGAAAUUUGUGCGCCUCCUGACCCGCGACGCCCAGAUUCUAGCGUCGACAGCGUCAGAGAUCCUGAUGUCUGGGCUCCUCCGACCCCAGAAAAGAUCCCAAAUCAUUUUCGGGGUCCCCCUGGUGGUCGUGCCCCGCUGUCGUGGGCCAACGAUAAUGAUGACAACAGCAACAAUCUCAAUCAUCGCUUUCACAAUCGAGGUGUUCGUAAACCAAGUGGGGGAAGCAGAGCUGCCGGACCGUCUGCAAGACGUACACCUGGAGAUGACCGACGACGCCAAGGACCUCGUCGAGGGGCAAAAACCCCACCAGACUCUUCUCCAGCCAGGCAAAAAAACAAGGAUGGUGGACUCAAGGCCGCUCGAAAAGAGAAUGAUCGGGUACGGCAACGUGCUGGAGAUGGCAGUGAGAAGCCGAAGUAUUCGGAAAAAGCUAAAGAAGAAGGAUGGGCGGAUUUAGAUCUUAUUGAAAUGAUCGAACGCGAUAUAGUGGACAUGGCCGCAUCGGUCACAUUUGAGCAGAUUGCAGGACUUGAGCACACAAAAGAGCUUCUUCAGGAAUCCGUAAUGUUGCCUCAGAUUGCUCCACAUCUUUUCAAGGAUGGUCUACUUAAACCAUGCAACGGCGUCCUUAUGUUCGGUCCACCCGGAACAGGCAAAACUCUUCUUGCGAAAGCUGUAGCAAAUGUGUGCAAAUCCACAUUUUUCAAUGUAUCAGCAUCAACACUUGCUUCGAAAUAUCGUGGCGAGUCAGAGCGCAUGGUGCGAAUUCUUUUUGACAUGGCAAGGUACUAUUCGCCAUCAAUUAUCUUCAUGGAUGAAAUCGAUGCUAUUGCUGGCGUACGCGGUGGUGCACAGGAGCAUGAGUCUAGCAGACGUGUGAAAACUGAAUUGUUAGUGCAAAUCAACGGUGUAGCUUCUGGAGAUCCUGCGGACCCUGGAAAUCGCGUGAUGGUUCUUGCCGCGACAAAUUUACCGUGGGAGCUGGAUGAAGCCAUGCGACGUCGACUCACCAAGCGGGUCUAUAUCCCAUUACCCGAAGCUGAAGGACGCUUGCAAUUACUCAAAAUAAAUCUCCAAAAGGUUGAUGUUGCAUCCGACGUCAAUUUUGACAAGCUUGUUGCAGCAACUGAGGGUUACAGUGGCGAUGACAUCUGUGGUCUUUGUGACACCGCCAAGAUGAUGCCAGUAAAGCGUUUAUAUACACCGGAGGUGCUGAAAGAGCUACAACGGAAGCAACAGGAGGGUGCGUCUAGUGAGGAGCUACAAGCUCACGAAAAAAACGCACUCGAGGUGACAUGGAAGGACUUCAAGACAGCACUUGAAAAUGUAUCCAAAUCUGUUGGUCAGGAUCAGCUAGAUCGCUUUGUUAAAUGGGAAGAAGAAUUUGGAUCCAAGUAA